AUGCCUAAGCUUCCAACAAUCAAGCAUAACUCCAGCAAGCUUGAUGGUAAAUUAGGCACUUAUGCAAGCAACAAGAAUAAUGCUAUUAAUGAAAAUGAUACUUUGAGAUCUACUCAUGCGAACUCAACUGUAAAGAAUGAUUUCAGAUUUGCUGGGAAACUCAAGUAUUUCAUUAACAAAGCAGGUGAAGAUACCACUUUUAUGGAAAAAGAUAAAAAUCUGUCAACUAAAAAGCUAAAUAAGAUUAAUUCAAAGGCGUAUAACUGAUAUAAUGAUGACUCCUUACAGCAAUCUCGGGACAGGUCUAGAGAGACGCUCAGGAAUAAUUCUAUCUCAAACAUCAUCAAGCUUAGGUCUAAAGGUCCGAAGAAGUUAGCAAUAAUUGAUUCAAAGAUGAAGACUCCUGAGAGAUGAGCAGAUUUCAAAUCCAUCCAACUUGAGAGAUAUAAGCAAAAUCCCAUUUAUCUCAACCAAAAACCUAACAACAAUGACGCGUUUAAGAAAAGAAUCAACGAGAUUGGUAGGCGGAAGAAGAACCUGGAGAUUAUGGCCAGGAGGACCCCUAUUGCUAAGAAGAAGAACUUAACCAAGCCUAGUGGGAGAAACUUUCAUCAACAAAAGAGUUUUAAUCCUUUGAACACUUCAAAGAAUAAGUCUAAUAAAUUAAACUAUUUUGAGCCAGGAAGGGCUCUUGGGCUAAACAAUAACGAGGAUGCCUGUAAAACCUCCGAGUCAAGGGAGUUCAUCCUCGAUGCAACUUUAAAUAAUAGAGAAGCUUCAUUGAAUUAUAGUUAUAAUGAGAAUACUAAUGUUAUUGAAACUAAAAGAGAUCGAUCAUGCGGAAGAAUUCUUAAAAACAAAACUGUCUUGUCUAAAUCUCAACAUCCAAAGCUUAAACGGAGGCAGUAUGGAUCAAAGGUUUCAAUGGUCUUGAAAUCCUUGCAUACUCCAUUUGAAAGACAUCAGAAUACCUCUAAUCAAAUUUUGACUAAUAGAUCAAAAUGUUCAUCUAAGGAAGGUGAUCUCAGCAUAGUCUUCGUAGAUUCUCAAAGAACUAUCCACAAAGAUGAAACUAACAACGAUACCAUAAACUCAGCUUAUAACAAUUUUCAGGUGUUUGAAAACCCUAAUGAGAACAAAUUCAGAAUGAAAGGUAUAAACGAGAUGAAGAUUUUGCCAAAAUAAAAGCUUAAUAAACACUAAUCGUAACAUUCCAACUGAAUAUACACAAGAAUACGUAGACUCAGAAGACAGAGCCCAAACUCUUCAUGGGACAGCGGAUUUGGUCUGAUGAUCGCUGAGUAAUUUCCAAAGGUCACUGAACAACGAUAUCAAAAUAGUUGACAAUGAAGGAUCACUGACCAGUGAAGAUGGCCAAACAGAUAACUCAAAUGGAAAUGGGAAAUAUAACACCAUUCAAGAAAUUGAUGACUCUGCAUCUGAUACUAUGAUGAGCUGGACUGAAGGCAGGAAUGAUAUUGACAAUUGGUUUGAGCAAAUGGAUGUUAAAUAAGGACGAACAAAUUUUCCUCAUUCCCAAAUAUCAAACCCCUUGAAUAAAACUAAAGCCAAGUAUAUAUCAAGAGCAUUGGAUAGAUCCUGCAUUGAAGCCAAGUUUAGAAUAUUUUGAAUUUACAUAAGCCUAAUUUAACCAA